CAGACGCUGAUGCCUGCAGGUGAUGGUUCACUCCGCAGACCCCAGGCAUUUUCUGAGGAUACACGAGAGCCGGGCGGGGUCUUUAUGAAGCUGUCUGAACCGUGUCUUUUAAGGAAAAUUCAUUAACUUAUAUUUCUAACUGAGACAAAACAAUUCAAUAGAAAAUACUUUGUCGCAGCUGACAGCGGUGCGCAAGCGCGUGUGAAACGAUACAGGGAAUUUCAAGCAUAUCGAAGGAGUCCUCGCAUAUCUUUGCGUCUCAAGAAACACAUAAGGAGAGGACAAUCGCUGUUUUGACAAAAGAGGUGGUUUCAAGCUUUGUAUUGAUAAUUUCUGAAUCGUUUCUCUUCAAAUUCAAGUCUUCGGCUCGUCGUUAUCGAUCAUGGCAUGGCCCUGUAUCAGCAGGGCUUGCUGCAUCAACCGUUUCUGGACUGAGCUGGACAAAGGUGACAUUGCAGUGCCUUUGGUUUUCACCAAUUAUUCAGAUGUGGCCGAGGUGCAACAUCUGCACCCGCAGCCAAAAACGUUAAUUUCACAGAAGCCACCGGUCACAACAGAAAGCCAGCCUGCCCAUCAGGAGGCUUCGCCCAAAGCCGCAUUAGCAGCAUCUCAAGAUGGAUCAAGCGCUUCUGUGACGCGAGAGGAUUUCAAAGCUUGGAGUGUGCGUCCUGAGAGAAGCUGUAAACCCAGAAACGAGUAUCAGCCAUCCAAGACCCCUUUCAACAAUCAAACUCAGUAUCAGAAAGAUUAUAAACCGUGGCCCAUUCCGAAAAGGGGAGACCAUCCAUGGAUUCCCAAACCCACCCCCACUUCUGCUGCAUCCGUUAAAGCUGAGAGCAAGUUCUCAAAACAAGAGCAGGCCACUUCUGACGUUGAAACUGGAAUGGAGAAAUGUGAAAUCGAAGAGAAGCUGCAUGAAAAAGAGAGUAAAGAACCGAGAAAGAAGUUAGAUAAGAAAGAAAAGGUCCCAGAGGCUGUCAAAGAGGAGCAAGGGCCAACAGAUGUUGUAGUGGAAGGAAAGACGAGGUCGGCAGCAGAUGCACUGAACAGGCAGAUCAAGCAAGUCAAAUCUGGAAGCUCAUAUAGGACAGAGUUUAAGGCUUACACAGAUGUCAAACCUGUGAAACCCAUCAAAGCAAAAUCUCAGUACAAAAUCCUAGUAGAGGAAAAGACCAACCUGGAGACCAGUUACAGUGCCACCUAUAAAGGAGAGCAGGUCAAACCUCAGGCCGCAGAUAACAAGCUAAUGGAUCGCCGUCGGAUACGAAGCCUGUAUAGUGAACCUAGCAAAGAAUCCAGCAAGGUGGAGAGGCAUAAUGUAUCACUUUCAAAGCCAAAAAAGACAACAAGCCAUAGCAAAACAGUAAAAAAAGAAAAAAAGAAGCAAAUCGCAGGGAGUCAAACUGCCAAGAAGAAAACCUCAGUGAGCAGCCAGGAGCCAAAUCCAGAGGGAGGGGUCACCAAGAAAAGCAAAGAAAUGAUCAACAGACUAGCUGAGUCAAAAGAUUAAGUGCACUUUUGUGUUGGGGGUAUGGAGGCUAUGAUACAGAAUAGAGGACUCUUAUCCCCUUGUUCAUUACCUUACUCUUAUGGCCCUUCCUUCUGUGUCUUAACUUGCUUUAUUACUGUAUCAAGGCUUGUCUGCUUGAUUUGCCUUGACUGUCUAGUCUAUUAUGGAUCUAUUUUUGCUUUUACGCUGCUUCUGCUCCCUUUCCAUAUGCAUCAAUAGCUUUCUCUGUGGCAAAGAUCAUUCAUGGAACCUUGUUGCAUGCUGCCUCUGUGCAAAUAACCAGAAGCCUUAUAUAAGAUAAGGUUGUUGCUUUAUUUUGCAUUGAAAUCUAUUUACUGUAAACAAUAAUGGUCCUUUCUUUCAAGCAAUCUCAUGCGUGACAUUGACUUUUUAAAUAUAUGGAUCACACCAAAUUAGAUGCACUGGUAACAUUUCACUGCUGUUCAAUACACACAUUUGGAUCAUGUAAUGUAGUAUUCCUCACAUCCAAUCUACACUGAACACGAGAAGCAUGUUUAAUUUAGAUUGUGCGACAGAAUGUAAGACCACAAAUUAGCGAUCAGGAUAAUCACACUAGUCAACAAGUGCACGUAGUUCCAGUAUUACGUUUAAGAAUUUAGAUAUUUUAAAGCUAAUAUUUAAAGGUGCUGUAAGCGAUUUUGUUUUAUUAUGGAAUGCUGUGUGGAAAAUGUUUCUUUCCCCUUAAAGAUAUCACUGAAUUAAGUGUCCAGAGAUAUCUCAGCGGUCUCUUUGACAGCACUAGACUCUGUAAACAGCAAAUAGGGCUGUGACCGCAGGUUGUGGACAUUCUUUGACCAGCCAAUCAGAUGUGCUUUCUGCCUGUCAAUCAUUUUGCAUGUUCUCAUAGUGUUGUAGUUGAAGCGGUUUAUUCAGGUUUAAUGUCAUGGUCAGAUUCAUAAUAGUUGUCAGCUGAGCGCUAUUUUGCUACUGUUGUGUUUGACAACUGUAAGGCGGCGCAAUGCUGCUCACCGGUUCUGAUGACGGUUUCAACGGUAUCUUUGGAGGGCAUGUCUAAUUUAACGGCUCAGUCUCAUUGGCUAAAAUCACUUUCAGCACCUUUAAAAAUCUUUCAACAGCAGUGGCAGCCAUAACUGUUUUUAACAAUUUGAGGCAUGGUCUCUCUUGAAGUGUAAUAGUUACCGUGUAGAGCAUUAUGCUAUCAAAACAUACUUACAAUCAGCUUGCUAAGCUCUCAAUGAAUUGACAUUCAAAUGUGGUAUCAUAUCUGUCUGCUAUGUUAAGAGAGAAUUAAAACUGCCUGCAUUCCUUUCACAUAAUAUGUGAAUGAAAUGGGAAGAAUGCUGCUAACCAUACAGUUGAGGUCCAUCAUUUGGGACUGUAUGAGUUGAAUGCAGACAGAAGCAUGCCCAUCGUUGUCAUCUGUUUGUGAACCAUCUUUCUGUCCCAAUCUCUCCAGAGGGGUGAGAGCCCUCUUGGAUUUGUGCUCUUCCUGGGUCGUCCUAAACAUGUGCUGUGCACACACCAUUCUAGGUGCUAUCAAGCAUUAACAUUAGUGCCUGUAUAUUGAGCAAUGAAGGGCCAUCAGAUGUCCAAGUGGUUAUUCUGUGUGAUGUGCUUGUGUUGUGAGCUUGCAUUGAAUGAAAAUUAUUAAAACCAUU